CAACCCGCUUCCUGCUUCACUGUGCGAUUUGUUAUUGAAGCCGAGCUCCUUUAAAUGUGAGGGAAGAGGCUCAGGUCGGAGUUAAUGAAGUUGAAAAAUGAAGGACUUAAUUCCGCUGUGAACUAGCUACACACACGGACACCUUUAAGAUGUCGGGGGCCCAUGAGCAGAACAGGAAGCGCCGCCCCCCCAAAACAUUCUUGAUCUCGUCCGACAUGAAGCUGCACGAUCAGUUGGACGGUACCAUUCUGUUAAAGCGGGGGUUCAUCUGCCAGGAGCAGGAUUCGGGCAAGAACAGGGGCGACUCUCUCUGGGUUAAGGUGUUGGACAAUAGCGAGAUGGUGAAAAUAGAGAGGAAGGUCCUCCUCGAAGUCCCAUCUGACCUCAUUGGCCUGCUGGAGCCCGUGCAGGAUCCGGAGGCUCGAUUAAGACUGCUAUCCAACCCUAGGAAGCUGCAGCAUCUGUCUUCUCUGCCUGCAGACGCGCCGCUGUGGGUCCAGGUGGGUCAGGCAGACGAGCUGGCAGAGGCCGAGCUCAAGUACAUCGGGCCGCUGACCAGAGGGAGCAGCGCCGUGCUCUUUGGGGUUCAGCUCAAGGGCUCAGCGGCGGGUAAAGGAGUCGGUAACGGCUCGUAUAAGGGCCACCGGCACUUCACCUGCCCCGACGCCUGCGCCCUCUUCGUCCCGGCCAGUCACAUCAGGCUGCGCCACUGGUCCCGCGGCAACGGCUCCGACGCACACGAGCGACCCCGAGACCGAGACCAGCACCACCACCGAAGCAGCAGCAACAAUCACUCCGUGAACGGGAACCAUGGCAACAACGACCAGCGUCUCCAUCACCAUCAGCAGCAGCAGCAGCAGCAGCAUCACCACCACCAGCCACAACAUUACCAGCAGCAGCAACAGCAGCAGUAUCAUCAGCAGCCACAGCCUCAGCAGCAGUUGCAGCAGCAGCUGCAGCAACAGCUGCAGCACAGUCGUCACAUUAGUUUCCUCCAGCAUCAUCCCAGUAGCCCGACUCAGCCACACGCUUUUGGCAUCCUCCCGCGAACAGCAGAGUCGACACCUCACAACCAGGCACUGGUCCGAGGCCCCGCUUCCCCUCCACCGUUCCAUAUCGGGCAGCGGGUGUGUUUCCACAUGGACGACGGCAUCUGUGCUGGGGAGGUUCGCUUCUGUGGUUUCCUGCCGGGUCGCUCCUCCACAGGGAUAUAUGUCGGAGUCCUUCUGGACACUCCCGUCGGGAAAUGGGACGGUGUCUACAAAGGAGAGAAGCUCUGCCACAUUCCUUCGCUCCAUUAUGGACUCCUGUUGCCAGUCACCAAGGUUUUCCUGGAACCAGAAUCCCAGCGACUUAGGCUUCCUCCUCCCAAAUCCAUCCUGAAGGCACAGGCGCCUCCCGUCACCAAACCAGUCCCAAUAUCACCUCCUCCUCUGUCGGCUCCCAAGACCGCCCUGAUCCCCCCUGCCAAAUCUGCACUCAAGCCCCCUCCCCUUCCUCCGCCGAAGCCUCAGAAGCUCCUGCCUCCUCUGCCGCCACCCAAGCCCCAAGGCCCGGCCUCGCCCGCUGCCACCGAGCAGCCGCAGCACAACAUCGACAUCCACGGCCCGCCAUCGCCUCUGAGGUCUCCAGAUAGCGCCGAAGACGCGGAGGAGAACGAGGACCUGGAGGUGGGCUCCAUGGUGGAAGUGAACGACCCGCCUCUGUUCGGGGUCAUCCGCUGGAUUGGACGGAUCAGUGGCAUUUCAGUGCCAGUGGCCGGGAUAGAGCUGGACCAGGAGCUGUCUGCAGGAACAGACGGCAGUUACCUCGGCGAACGUCACUUCCGUUGCCCGGCCAACAAGGGGCUGUUCGUCAAGCUUCGCAACUGCAGAAGGGACUCCAGGUUCCCCGCCCCCGAGACGCCCGUCAAUCAGGUGGAGCGAUGCAACUCCAUAGCCUUUGCAGAGUGGGGCAGCGAGCGUGUGGAGGAGCACACGCCUCCCGUGGAGGGGGACGAGGCCAGAGACCUCUACCAGGGCUGGAAGAGGGGCAUCCAGGGCCACCUGAACUCCUGCUACCUGGACGCUACGCUGUUCAGCCUGUUCUCCUGCUGCAGCUCAGCAGACUGGGUGCUGUUUUGGCCGUCUGACCCUGAACCUGAACAAAGCUCCGGUCAGGCUCAGGACCUGCUGCGCUGCGAGAUAGUCAACCCACUGAGGAGGUACGGCUACGUGUGUGCCAGCAAGACCAUGGCCCUGAGGCGACUUCUGGAAGCUGCCAACAGCGAGGGCGGCUUCACCAACCAGGAGAAAGAUCCUGAGGAGUUCCUCAACAAGCUUUUCCAGCUGCUCCGAGUGGAUCCGCUCCUCAAGAUCAGGUCAAUGACUCAGCAGCCUCAGGAGUGCCACCUGUAUCAGCUCUUCCCUCCUGCUCUCCCCUCGUCACCCACCUCACCUUUACCCCAAUCUCCACUGAACUCCCCCAUCCCCCUGUCCUCGCCGUCGCCCAGUCGCAUGAGGGUCGCCAGCGUCCAGGCCCUGCUGGAGACCUCCUUCCUCCACGCUGGCCUCAAGUUUGUCGAGGCUCCCUCCUGUCUCUUGCUGCUCAUGCCAAGGUUUGGGAAGGACUUCAAAAUGUUUGACGCCAUCUUGCCCACUCUGAGCCUGGACAUCACAGACCUGCUGGAUGACACUCUGAGACAGUGCAGUAUCUGUCAGGCUGUGGCUGAGUGGGAGUGUCUGCAAUGCUAUGAAGACGUGGACAUCACUCCAGGACAACUUAAACAGUACUGUCAAACCUGCAACACACAGGUCCACAGUCAUAGGAAGCGAGCGUCCCACAGUCCUGUGAAGAUAGGCGUUCCUGGUGGACCGUGGACAGGCCCACUUCACUGCACACGCCAGCGAAUGUCCCUCUUUGCUGUGACAUGUAUCGAGACCAGCCAUUACGUCAGCUUUGUCAAGAACGGACCCCUCUCCACUGACUGGCUGUUUUUUGACAGCAUGGCCGACCGGGAAGGUGGAGAGAAUGGCUUCAACAUCCCCCAGGUGAAGGCCUGUCCUGAGGUGGGACGCUACCUCAGCCUGUCGGAGGACGAGCUGAGCAGAGUUGACUCCACGUCCUUACGGGAGUCGGCCCGCCGCCUGCUCUGCGACUCCUACAUGUGUCUUUACCACAGCCCUGAGCUCAGCCUCUACAAGUGACUGAAAACUGUGCAGACAUUUUGUCCUCAGGUUCCUUGACCAGCAUUUAUUUAUCACUUCACCCAGUAGAAUAUGAAAUGUUCACAGAGCCUCUUGACGUGUGACAUGUUCAUCUUCUUGGGCCUUGUUUACACUUUAGCAGUUAAAUGGAGUCUGCGUUAGAGGGGCAUUGAAUGGUAGUAAGUUCAGAACGGCUGUAAGUGUCCUAGAAGGUUAUUUCUGAUGCUUGGCUCUCUCCAUUAAAUACAGUUCACAAAAACUGCAGUAUUUACACACCUCUAAUGUGCCUUAUGAUCAAAUAUGCACAGGCCGUAGAUUAUCUUUAGAUAAGAUAUUGUGCACUCCUUUCCUACGCUGCUGCAAACCUUAGCACACUGUACAGAACCACUGUGCCUAUAACAUGUGUACACUGUACUGUUCAGUUUGCACUGCUUCCUUUACAUGUCAAUGUGUGUAUAUAAUAGCUUAAAAUGCCUUAAACUGACAGUAAAGUUGCACACAGAUGUUUCAACAUUUAUAUUGCUUACGGGUUGUUUAAUUUAAUACAAAAAAUGGAAUCAAAGUCACAGAUAAUAAAAACUAUGAUUCA